AGAGACGGGGUGAGUAGUAAUUAGAAAGGAGAUGUUUUUGUAAAGGGGGGAAUACAUAGAGCGAGGUCUCAGAUUAGACCAGAGGGUAAGGGAGAGCUUUUGCUCGCUAGAGAGAGACAGAGAGCUCUUUUGCUUGCUAGAGAGAGAGAGAGAGAGACUGCUCAAUGGCUACCAUGGACACAGAUAUUAACAUGGUCCCUGCGGGUGAAGGCUCAAGCGGAGCUGGACCCAGCAACACCACAGCCACCUCUUCCUCCAAGAAACCUAAGCGUUUCGAGAUUAAGAAAUGGAACGCCGUCGCCCUAUGGGCUUGGGAUAUUGUAGUCGAUAAUUGCGCAAUAUGCAGGAACCAUAUCAUGGAUCUAUGCAUAGAGUGCCAAGCUAAUCAAGCUAGUGCGACCAGUGAAGAAUGCACAGUUGCAUGGGGUGUUUGUAACCACGCUUUCCACUUCCACUGCAUCAGUCGGUGGCUAAAGACGCGUCAAGUCUGCCCUCUAGAUAACAGUGAGUGGGAAUUCCAGAAGUAUGGGCAUUAACUUAUUUUCGAAGUAGGAGAUUUUAUGAAGUUUGCUCUCUUGUUUGCCUGCCCCUUUUGCAUUUCAUGAGUAUUAUUUCUCUUAGUACACGUAUAUUAGAAGAUGUGGUUGUUUACUUCUUUUGGAUGUUAUUGGUCUUUACUUCCACCCUGUUUUUGUGGGGAGCAGAUAUUAUACUUUUUAGUAGUACAUAAUUUAUACUUUAUCCUACCGUAUAUGAUGAGGGUUCGGUAGUUGUUCUUUCUGGAAAACAAUGCCUUAUGAAAGUUGGAAACAACUCAUU